GAAGGGAGUGUCAUUCUCUGCGAGAUACUAAUUAACUUUAUCUAGAAUAUUGUCUAGAGGUUCAAACAAAAUCAAAAUAUAAAAGUAAUUUAUUCAAUAGCCUAUUUAUUCCCUGCUUUGACGAGAUAUUGCUUUUGUAUGUGCAAUAAACGAAUUACAAGUUGUAUUCAAAAUGAUUCAACUCUCGCAUAUCGCCGCGAGAAGAUCGUCCUCCAUUUUGGCUGAAGCUCGAAAAUAUAUAAAUCAGAUUUCAGAAUGCUGACUAGGGUUUUAUUGAAGGUCAGCCAGGCUGGGCAGUGUGUGCGAACUCAGUUUUCACGAAAUCUGGGAGUCAGCGCUGUCGUCACACAAAAAGCACAGGCCAACCUAGAUCCUAUUCAACAAUUAUUCUUAGAAAAAGUUAGAGACUAUUCAAAACAGAGCAAGGCAGCUGGAGGUAAACUGGUAGGAGCCUCCCCAGAUGUAGAGAAGCAACUAGAUGAACAGUUAGCAAAAAUAGACAGAGUUUACAAUGCCAAGGGUCAAGAUAUGACUAAAUUCCCAGCCUUAAACUUUCAAGAUCUCCCUCUGGAGCCCCCAGGAAUUGAGGUGUCAAAGGAGAGUGCUGAUGCCCAUGUUACCCCCCUUGUCAACCUUACAAGCUCUGAAUCUGAGGCAGAUGACCCUAACAAACCAUACUUUGAGAUGUAACAUACAACAAUUUAGGAAAAUUCUAGCUACAGACUUAUGUAAUAUAGCAUACAAAUAGACACUAAUUUAUAUACGAUGUUCAGUGAUUGUGAAACCAGUUCAACAAAGAGGUUGCCAAAAUUUGAGUACAAUAUACUGUGUUAGAUUGAGCGCAAUGUAGGAAUGAUCAGACUCUUGUUUUCAUUAAUAUGUAGGGUUAUUCUCGGGACAUUGUGCAUGCUUCACAUGUAGUAGUAACAGAAGUGUUUUAAUAAAUAAGAAAACAU